CGUGUAAAAAAAUGGCUCCUACUUAAGAGUUCAAACCUUUAACACAUUUCUUAAGACCAUAAUACGUUUACUUGUCAUUGGCUAGUUUAGUGUUAAUUCACGUAUUAACACUAAUUACAGAGGUGCCUGCUGGUGUUUAAUUAGUUGUUUAAUCAUUGGCUUGUCUCUAUAUUGGAUCAAUGGCAACAUCUAAAAUAAAAUAUAACAAAUGUAUAAAUUUAAUUAAUGAAGAUAACAAGCUAGAAAAAGAGGAGAAAUAGUCAGAUGAAAAAAUGACCUAAAAAGAUGCAUUACAAUUUCCAAUAUAUUUAUCUGCCUAUUUAUUUGGACUUUAUCUAUUGUUAAAAUAUUUAGAUGAAGCAAUUCUCAAAACAGCCAUAACUUUAUUUUUCUCAGCAGUAGGAGUAAUGAAAUCCAAUAAAAUUAAAGGUCUUAUGUUUGAUGGGAAUUAUCGAAGAUGCCAUUGAAAGAUUAUUCCCAAUAGAAUAUUCUACUAAAAUCGUGAUAGAUAAAAAGAUUAACUUAAAUCUGAUAUUGACAAGCAAAGACAUAGAUAUAAAAUUAACUAAGUUAAAUUUUAUAUCAUUAUUUAUUUCAAUGAUUCCAUUGGGUGUAUAUUUAGGAUCAAAAAAUUGGAUUUGUAACAAUCUAUUUGGUAUAGCUUUUACUGUAUCAGGAAUAGCAAAUUUUACAGUAAUCCCAAAUUUCAAAGUAUUGUUUUAAUAUUAAUAAAGAUUGCUUAUCUAAUGCUUUGGGGACUCUUUUUCUAUGAUAUAUUUUGGGUAUAUGGAACAGAUGUUAUGGUAACAGUUGCCAAAUCUAUAGAUGCUCCAAUAAAAUUAUAAUUCCCAUUUACAGCAUUAAAUGACGAAGGAAAUCCAUUUACAAAAUAUAGUAUUCUAGGUUUAGGGGAUAUAGUUGUUCCUGGAAUAUUUGUUGGAAUGUGUCUUAAAUAUGAUGUAGAUAGACAAAUUGAAAAAGUAAAAAAGAUUUCAGAAAUUAAUGUCACCUAUUUCUUAUGGUGUUUUGUAGGUUAUGCUAUAGGUAUUGUAACUACCUUAGCUGUUAUGAUUUUAUCAGGCCAUGCUUAACCAGCAUUGUUAUUUUUAGUACCUGGAUGCACAUUAAGUGUUUUAAUUAAGGCAUAUCUUGAUAAAUCUCUUCUUCAAUUUUGGGCUUAUGAAGCAGAUCCAGAAAAGCCUGAUGCUUAGGUAACCAAUACAGAACCGAUUAAAAAUAAAUGAUAUAUUGUUUUUAAUAAAAAUAAUUUAUUU